AUGCCCGUUCUGAUGAAGUCCCAUACUGAUUUUUCAGCAAAAUUAGAUUCAUUAGGUGUAGAAACUAGAGGUAUUGAACGUAUUCAACCAUGGGAAAGAUCAAAUAAUAAAGUUAACCAAUUCAUCUCUGUUAUUGGGUUUUGGUUUAGUGCUGCUGGUGGAUUGUCAUCAAUGUCUACCUUCAUAUUAGGCUCAAAUGUUUUCAUGUUGACGUUUGAACAAGCUUUAACAAGUGGGUUAAUUUCAAUGACUAUUGGGUGUGCUAUAGCUGGUUAUUGUGCCACUAUGGGGCCUAGAUCUGGGUGUAGACAAAUGGUCACGGCUAGAUAUCUAUUUGGAUGGUGGUUUGUGAAAUUUGUUGCAUUGAUUGGUUGUCUUGGUGUUGUUGGUUGGAGUAUUGUUAAUUGUGUUGUUGGUGGUCAAAUUUUAGCUAGUGUUUCAAAUGGUAAGAUUCCUUUAUAUAUUGGGAUUGUUAUUGUUUGUAUUUUAAGUUUUGUUGUUUCAAUAUUUGGUAUAAAGCAAUUGUUACGCGUGGAAAAAAUUAUUUCAAUUCCAGUUUUCAUUGCCUUUAUGUUGUUAUACAUUGCAUCAUCAAAUAAGUUUGAGUUAUUAAACACUUUUGAUAAUUCUCAAGUUGGUGAAAAGACACUUUUAGGUCAUUAUCUUUCAUUCUUCAGUUUGUGUUAUUCAGUUACUGGUACAUGGGGUACAAUCACUUCAGAUUAUUAUAUUUUAUUCCCCGAAUCAACUCCAUCAUAUCAAGUUUUCUUUUUAACAUUUUUUGGUAUUUUGAUCCCAACUACAUUUGUUGGUGUUUUAGGUUCAAUCUUGAGUGUUUUAUCAGUUGUUGAUUCUGGAUAUGAAGAAGCUUAUGCAAUCAACGGUAUGGGUGGUUUGUUACACCAAGGUUUUAGUCGUUGGAAUGGGUUUGGUAAAUUUUGUGCAGUUGUUUUAUUAUUAUCAUUAAUUGCAAAUAAUAUAAUCAACACUUACUCUGCUGCAUUUUCAUUACAGUUAACAGCUGUUUGGUUUGCCAAAAUUCCAAGAUGGCUGUGGGCUAUUAUUGUUACUGCUGUUUAUUUAGUUUGUGCAUUAGUUGGUAGAGAUCAUUUCAGUACAAUUUUAGGGAACUUCUUACCAAUGAUUGGUUAUUGGAUCUCAAUGUAUUUCAUCAUGUUGUUGGAAGAAAAUGUGGUUUUCAGAAAGUUUUUCCUACACUUGUAUACUAAAGAAUUCCCAUCAAAAGAUGAAAAAGUUGCAUCAACAAGUUCUCAAGUACCAGUGGGUCUAAGAGGUAAAAAGCAAAAUUACAAUUGGGAUGCUUGGAAUAAUUAUCAAGUGUUAACUCAUGGUUAUGCAGCUAUCUUUGCAUUCUUAUGUGGUGUCGUUGGUGCAGUCAUUGGUAUGGCACAAGUUUAUUAUAUUGGUGUUGUUGCUAAAAAUUUUGGUUCCGCAGGUGGUGAUAUUGCAAUGUGGUUAACAAUGGGUAUCUCAGGUAUUGUAUAUCCACCAUUGAGAUAUUUGGAAUUGAAAAAAUUCGGUCGUUAA